CAAUUGGUUUUAGAAAGAAAGAGAACAUUGGGAGAGUCAGCCUUGGAUUUAUAUACAGUAUUUGAUAUAUAUCUGUUGCCAUUGUAUGUCUUUUACUUUAUUUCUUCUACCCAAGGAAAAAAUCCCCACCUAUAGAAAAAAUAACCACAUUCCGGAAAUCACGGUGGGAAAAACAGCUUUAAAAGCUUGACGUAUCCUUUUGAUGGCUGAACAAUGCCCGGGCACACUGUAGAUGUAUUAAAUCGUGACAUUGGUCUACUGUCCUACGGAGGAAAUAAUUAAAUACUGCUUCGGAGGUUAUUUAUGUUCAAUUGGUGAACGUAGUAUGUUCGAAUCAGCGUCAAGUCUUUGAAGCCAGGGAACGCUCCGCUGUUGCUGGUAUGGUGGACAACUUUCGAGUCGUGAUAUUUCAUUGAAAUCCAUGACCACCUAGAAAUCAAACAAGGCGAGAGAGCAAAGACUGGGAAAACAUCACGAUUAGCGGUGGAUAUUGGAAAUAUUACUCCAAGUGUUAAAUGUUUUUUAUUUAAAUCAAAGCAUCUGUACGGGAAGUGCUAGACCUCUUGUACUGAACGGCCGCUGUUUGUUCAAAUGUUUGCUUACUGUGCCUCCUAGUCAAUGGACCUUGAAUACACAGAUUCGGCCAGCGGUCCGCGCUCAAAGAGCUGGGGCCUGUUUGAAGAACAGAUCUACCGUGCAUAUAAAACUGAGGAGUAAAUAGACAGUCCGAGUUCUAACCAAGCUGGAAUGUUACGCGCAACAUGUAUGUAAAAUAAUAAUAUCCCCAUAGGGAUAAACCCCACAAUCGAUGAUAUGACGGAUUAGGGCGCCAAAUAACGCAUGACACUUGGAAUCCUUCUGGAUUGAUAACUUUCAAAGUCAAGAUUUACCCUAUUCAAUGCGAAAAGACGUGUGAAGCGAAAGGAUAUUCAAUCAGUUGUUUUUCUUUUUAUUUUUUAAAUAAGGAACACAUGUUUGUCUUAUUGAUAUAAACCAGAGACAAUAUUGGAUGUACUGAUAAAAAGAUCUUUUGAUAGGCAAGGUCGCCAUACAUAUCAUGCCGACCAAUGUUAUUUCCAGACCAAACACCUAUCUCUCCGAGCACGGGUCUCUGGGGUCUUCCAAAUCCGGGACCCAGACUUGGAAAUCCUCCAUGGAAUACCUAAACAAGAAGAAAAAGGCCAAGUCGGACAUAUUCCACGCGGAGUACGACCAGAGAUUGCUGAGAUUGAAAUCGUUAUUAAUGAUGGACAACCAGACCGAAAACGAAGCAAAGGCGAGUAAACUGAACAGAUCAGAACAGACAGGACUGGAAACGGUGAAAUCUCAAGUGUGGAGGGAAAGCUUGAGCUACGAGAGACAGUACAGUCAGACUGUACGACAGUUCCGCGCCCAUUCUGCGCGCGUGUUUCGGAAUUCAGGACUGAAUCCGCCCAAUGGCCUCCAGAGGUCGCCCACGGUUUCUAUGGAAUCUCUCGCAAAAGACAAGUUAUUGCAGCGUCGCAAAUCUCAGAGCCGGGACCUCAAAGCCCAAAACCCGUGUGUUACGUGUGGAAAAAUUCAAGGAGUUAUCAGAGCAUUUGAGAAAGAAACAUCAUACCACAGUGACUUCAAACAGAGCCAAGACAAGGCAGACAAGGUGCAUCAAACAAUCUGUCUCUUCAACGACAGACAAAUGAAGACAUUUAUUCAUUCACUGGAGACGGAGUACUGUAAGACUAUGCCAGACGUCACCCAGAUGAUCCAAGACUCCAAGUUCUACCUCCAGCAAAAGCCCGGAACCGCAAACGCCGGCGUGGACCGGCCCAAGUCUUAUCCAUUGGAAAUGAUUCGGUUAAAAGACCGGGUUUCGACGUUCUGUAAGAGUCAGGACAAGUUUAACAAACUGCACCCUAUUCCCAGAUGUGUACAAAAUGGGACAGAUAAAGCCAGGAUAGACCUUGCUGUGUCUACCAGAAAGCGACGAUAGGAGAGACUGCAGCCAUUGUCUUUUACACUGUGCUAUCGUCGUUUUUUGUUCGUUACAUACCGAGCCUUUCCCGCCCUGCAUAGAUGAUGUUUUUGGUGUUACAUUGUGUUUGUUUAAUUUGAUAGGUUGUUUAUAUUAUGAUGACAACAUAUUUCAUUCUUAUUCGUGCAAAAAUUACUUUGAAUAAUUAUUAAAGUCAAACACAGAGUAAAUCAAGUUGGAAGGUUCUUUAAA